ACUUCCGGGGCUUGUCUAGCCGCAUUUGUUGCCCUUGGUGGUUGGUUGGGAGCGGCCUGGGCGACAGUAAUACUGUAGCAGCAUCAUGGCCGGCAUCAAAGCUUUAAUCAGCUUGUCCUUUGGGGGAGCUGUUGGACUAAUGUUCCUGAUGCUUGGUUGUGCCCUUCCAGACUACAGCAAAUAUUGGCCACUGUUUGUUCUGUUCUUCUACACCCUCUCUCCAAUUCCAUACUGCAUAGCAAGAAGAGUUGUUGAAGAUACAGAUGCUGCAAGUAAUGCUUGCAAGGAACUUGCCAUAUUUCUUACAACAGGCAUUGUUGUCUCAGCAUUUGGACUUCCAAUUGUAUUUGCCAGAGCAGAACUGAUUAAGUGGGGUGCCUGUGCACUUGUCCUCACAGGAAACACAGUCAUAUUUGCUACCAUCUUAGGAUUUUUCUUGGUUUUCGGCAGCAAUGAUGAUUUCAGCUGGCAACAAUGGUGAAAAGAGUUGGAAUGAGAACUAUCAACAUCUCAUGUCAUUCAGUGACCAUCCAUACUACAGAAAGAAUGGGCAAUAAAGUGAAUGUACUGUUUCCACAGAGGGGAUCCUAGGCGUAGGACACUCUGUAGCCACUUUUCUUCUCUUUUCACAAACAAUGUUAACAUUUUGCUUGAUUUAAACAUUUUUAACUUGUUGAUGCUGUUUUAUUUUAAUACUUUAUUUUGAUGUGAGAACAAAAUGCUUAAAUGUGAUGUUUAAAAUGUCUCUUGUUUGAAGAACAUCAUAGCUGUGUUUAAAUAUAAAGUUGAACUUUUGACUAUUGAUUAUUUUAAAACUGUAAUGUGCAGUUGUGAAACUGAGAAAAAGAAAAGAAGUUGUGGGCACAAUCCAAUCAAAAGUAUGAGGCUUUUGACUGGGUCCUAGGCACAUGUGUUUGGAAGCAAGCUCCUGAAUUCAGCAAAGAUUAUGGUGAUGCACAGAAUUGUACACACGGCCUGUUGAUUUUAGUCAGAGAAUUAACCAUGUGUUCACUACUCUAAUUCUUUUUUGAAAAUAAGAAAGAUUCUAGAAACUGGAUUGCGCCCUUAAAGAGCAGGUAUGUAUAUUGUUGUGGGAUUUUGGAAAAGAGCUGAAAAAAGCAUUCAGCAGCUGGCUGGUAGGUUUUUUUAUUAUAUGUGCGGCUGAAUAUGUGAUUCCAUUUAGAUGAGAAUGAGAAAACUCUUGAUGAUAAUGGGAUACCUAAGUGUUCAUUACUUUAAAAGGUUGACCAGUGUACAGAUACUUUGCCAAUUUUUAUUUUUUGAUGAUCUGAAAGGGGGGAAGAUGGAAUUUUAAUUUUCCUUGGGGAGUGGAAGACAGGACAUUUUAAAACCUUUUCUGAAAACUUUGUGUUUAUGUAUUGUGUGCUUCAACAUUCUAUAUCAAUUCUUUUUUAAGUUUUACCAAAGGAGAGGUUAAUGAAACUACUGAUUAUGGUUAUAAUCCAGCAAAAGGAACUCUGCACCAGACAUGUGGAAAUAAGUGAUCCUGCUCCUUUCCCAUUCAUUUGCACCUGUUGUAUGUACAAAGUAUAAAAAGAUAAUUUCUGCUUCCUUUUUUUUUUUUUUU